AUGUCGGGCGUAUCGAAGCAGCAGGCUGAGAGAAACCAUCGUAGACUGCUCGAUAUACUCAAAGUGCCUGGAAAUGGAAAUUGUGCGGAUUGCAAAGCUAGCAACCCACGCUGGUCAAGCUAUUCUCUUGGUAUCUUCCUCUGUAUGCCUUGUGCAAGCGUACACAGGAAGCUCGGAACGCACAUUUCCAAAGUUAAAUCUGUCAGUCUCGAUAAUUGGAACAGGGAACAGACGGCGACAAUGGAGCAAAUCGGAAACAGCCGUUCAAACUCAGUCUACAAUCCAGACGAGCUCAAAAACCCUCCUCCAACAAACUCCAGUCAGGUUGAAAGGGACUCGGAAAUCGAAAUUUACAUACGUAAUAAGUAUAUCCACAAAUCCUACAUGAGAAAGAGCUCAUCGAUACCACCACCUAGCAAGGGCAUUUUAAAGGCUUCAAAUACUGGCAGUUCAACUGGUAGCAGCAAUAGCCCUGGUAUAAGCGCUGACCUCAACGCCAACACCUCCCUCAAUUCGCGCUCCUCUAAGUCCCCGGUUGAUGGCUUGUAUGGCUUGUAUAAGCAGAGAUCCGCGUCUUUACAGCCUCCUGGGGAUACUGGGAACGCUAGCUUUGUCGAUUUUGAUGAGUCGAGCACUCCACAAACUCUGUCUCAGAAUGCACCCCUUACUAAAACAGCUGGAUCUACUUCUCGUUCAGUCAGCUCACCAGCCCAGCUUAUGCACCAGCAGUCAACACACGAAAACCCUCAUAACUCUAUUUUCAGCUCCUUGCAGUCGUUUAAGCAGACUAAUCACAACACCCAACCUACAACAUUCUCACUCAAUUCUCCAAUACAAUCCAACACCACUUUGCAAUCUAUUCCGCAGAGUAAUUCUCCGUACCAAAACUUAUAUUCAACUUCUACUCUUGGUUCAGAUACCUUGUUUUCUCAAUCUCCAACGUCUACGCAGUCUAAUCCUAACUCACCUUACACUACUCCUUUUCAAAUGCAUCAGAAUGGUAUCCAUGGCUUAAAUCCUGCACCUCUUCGUUAUCAAACCACCGGUCUUAGCCCGAAUGGAUCAAUAUGCUCUCUCAAUGCUCAAUCCUCUGGUGGUAGCGAGGGUGGAAAUAAAGGGAUGAAUGGGGCUUCUCAUAGCGGUUUAAUCGGUGGUAUUAACAGUGGUACUCUAAAUGGCAUUCCGAAUGGUAUGUAUAACCACACUCUAAAUGGCACACAGAAUGGCACUCUAAAUGGCAUACGAACUGUUCCGCCGAAUGGAUUACAAAGUCAAAAGGAAGGUUUGCAAACCCUCCAACCACAGCAAACUAACCUACGGAAUCAAUCGAGUUUCUCGGACAUGAAAAAUGCUGGUGGCGCUUUGCCAGGGUCGUUCCAAGGCACAUUACAAGGGUCUUCAACAGGAGCACUGCAAAGUCAAAAUACUGGCUUUCAAUCUCUUCAACCACAGCCAACUGGAAAGAAAGACUGGCCAGCACCCCCAUCAGCACCACCUAUUUCACCAACAUCUCAGCAGCCAGGAAUUAUGUCUUCACCGCCAGGCAAUGGUUUUGCUUCAUCCGGCUUUAUGUCCACGUGUCCGAAUUCGAUGUCUGCGUCUUCGAAUUCAAUGCCUGCGUCGACAGGGUUUAAGUCACAAUUACAAAAUCCCCAAGGUUUGUUUAUGUCACCUUUUCAACAACAGCAGCCAGUAUCGAUCAAUCCACCAUUCCAACAACAGUCACAGCAGGAGCCACAGAAACCAUUUCAAACACUUACACCAAAAUUGUCAUUUCAACACAAUGCGACAUUUCAACAGCAGUCAGAGAUGUCGCCAUUCGGUCAAAGUACCACAACAAACCAAGCAAGUCCAUAUCAACUUACACCCACUCAAAAUAAGUAUUCUACAUCCACGAACACUCAACCUGUUCAACGAUCAGAACCGUUGUUUUCAUCACAUUCUCAACCAUACACUAACACUAAUACAAAUACGUUCAUUCAACAACCAAUUAAUUCUUAUCAACCGACGCAGCAACAAUCGUUCACUUCCUUUCAACCAGCACAGCAACAGCAAUUUAAUCUAAAUCCAUUCCAGACCAUGAUGAGACCGGGAAAUAAUACCAAUCCAUUCCAUUAUUCUUUUAAUUAA